GUAAUUGAAACCAUCCUAAAGCUCUUUUUUCAUUUGUCCAAAGAUAGACCCGAUUAUUGCUAACUUAAGCAUCGGAGUGUCUACGCCGAGGACCCACCUCGAGGCUUUGCAGGUUCAUCCGAAGUGAAAACACAGAUUGAAGAAGGACCUCUGGCUUGGUGCAAUUACAAAAAUCAAGGAGAAGAUUAAGAAACUAACUUUGGAGUUCGAUCAACUUAGAGGCAGGGAAGAAUAGAUGAAGGCAGGAUUAGAAGAUAUGAAGAGGGAACUGGACCAAUCAGAUGACACUAAGAAGCUUUUGGAAUCGAUUGCUGCCAGGGCGUUUGAAAGGAAGAUGGGGGAUUUGGAAGUAAGGGAGAUGGAAGAGAAGAGCAAGAAACUCAGGGCGGAGGAGGCGAUUAAGGAUAGAAUUGAUGAGAAGGGGAGAGAGAUAGGUGUUUUCAAGAAGAAGGUGGAGGAGUUGGAAAUUGUGGCGUAGGAAACUGGUGUGAAACUUCAGAAAGGGAAGAUUGAGAAGUAGACGGUAGAGAGAGAAUUGAGGGUAUCUGAGAACAAGGCCAGGGCCAUGUAAGGGAAGAUCUUGCAACUGUAGAAUCAAGUUGAAGAGGCCGA